GAGUCUGGUUCAGUAGCUAGUUCCAGGUACUUGGCGCCGGAGGUCAGUGCCUGGCAUGCAGAACAUCGGGUCCCUGGUGAUGCGAGGUCGCUUGGUGCGCCUGCUGGCGCCUCUGCGAAGGGCCCCAGCUAGCUGUCCCCUCGGGGCGAGGGCCAAGGCAACGGACCCAGCUGCUCUGGCUACAGAGCUGACUACGGCACCCGGCACCGUGUACUCCUCCGCGGGGCCCGGCGACCGGCAGCUGCGCAGUCCAGAAGAGCUUCCAGGGCCUGGCCAGUUGCGCAGUUUUUUCCAACUGUUUGUGCAAGGCUAUGUCUUUCACAUGCACGAGCUUCAGGUGGCUUCAAAGGCCCAGUAUGGGCCGAUAUGGAAGACAGUUAUAGGCCCUUAUGUCAACGUGAAUCUGGCCAGUCCAUCAUUGAUGGAGCAGCUGAUGAGGCAGGAGGGGAAGUACCCUAUGCGCGAUGACAUGACUAUCUGGAAGGAGCACCGAGAUAUUCGAGGACUGACCUAUGGGCCCUUUACCAUGCAAGGGGAGCAAUGGCACAAGCUUCGUCAGGCUCUGAACCCUCGGAUGCUGAAGCCGUCUGAUGCUGCCCUGUAUACAGAUUCCCUGAAUGGUGUGGUAGGGGACAUGCUGGUUCGACUAGAUGACGUGAAGGCAAAGAGCCCCACGGGGGACCAGGUGCCUGAUGUUGCUAAGUUCUUCUACCUCUUUGCCUUGGAAGCUAUUUCAUACAUCCUGUUCGAGAAGCGAAUUGGAUGCUUGAAGCCAUCCGUUCUGCCUGAUACAGAGAUCUUCGUAAGGUCUGUGGAGCUCAUGUUCAAGAACUCUAUCUUUGCUACUUUCCUGCCAGUGUGGACCCGUUCCUUCCUUCCUUUUUGGGAUCGUUAUUUGGAAGGCUGGGACAAUAUCUUCUCUUUCGGGAAGAAGAUGAUUGAAGAAAAACUCAAGGAGCUGGAGGCUGAGCUGAAGGAUGGGAAUUCUGAGAAGGUUCGGGUAUCUGGCUACCUGCAUUUUCUGCUCUCUUCUGGACAGCUCAGUCCUGAUGAGGCCAUGGGCAGCUUGGCUGAACUGCUCUUAGCUGGAGUGGACACGACUUCCAACACGUUGACUUGGGCCCUUUACCACCUGGCUCAGGAUCCAGAGACUCAGGAAGCCCUGUACAAGGAGGUGGUGGGGGUGGUGCCUCCUGGAGAGAUACCCCAAUACAAGGACUUCUCCCACAUGCCCCUGCUCAAAGCAGUGCUUAAGGAGACUCUUCGCCUCUAUCCUGUUGUCCCCAUAAACUCGAGAAUCAACACAGACAAAGAAGUCAUCAUAGGAGACUAUCUCUUUCCCAAGAAUACCCAGUUUGUGUUGUGUCACUUUGUAAUGUCCCGGGACCCUGACACCUUCCCAUCUCCUGAGAAGUUUCUGCCACGGCGAUGGCUCCAGAGAAGCCGGACCGGGUCUGUGGGAGGCAACCAUGCCUUUGGCACCAUACCCUUUGGUUUUGGGGUCCGAUCCUGUCUGGGCCGGAGAAUUGCUGAGCUUGAGAUGAAUUUGGUGCUGUCAAGGAUUAUACAACAAUACAAGGUGUCUCUAGCUCCUGGAAUGCAGAAAGUGUACCCUUUGGCACGAAUCGUCUUGGUGCCUGACAAGCUAGUUAGCCUGUGCUUCCAGAGGAGGCACCCCUGAGUCAUGGGAUGCCUUCUUGUUCUUAACUAGCCAGAUUCCUUUCUCUGCCAUGAGACAAGUUCAGACCUUAGCUCCCACUGUGUAUUAUUAUCAUGCUUUGCCAGUCCUAAUUGUAAUGGACUCCUACCCAAAAGAUGCAGGAUGAGCUCAGGGUACCUCCUGAAGAUCUGGAAGACCAAACCCUUGGGUCCUACCACCUUUGUUGGUGCCUGCUCAUAUCUCCCUUCUUUGAUGUCCUUGGUCCAUGGAAACACAACUAAUAAAAAUUGACUUUCAGUGAUGCUGGAA